AUGUUGGGCAGAAUUCAGGCAUUUACCACCGGUUUAGUCUCUAAAACCACCUCUUUUGCAACCAAGACCAUUUACUACGGUAAAGUCGGUGCCGAACUAUCAAAGCAAGUCUACUUGAAAGAGGGUUUGCAACCACCAUCUAUUGCAGAUUUCAAGAAAGUGUACUCUCAGCUAUAUAAGAAAUCCUUGCACUAUGCUGUGAAGCCAAAGGAAGUUGUGGAAAUUGUCAAGACUUUAUCCAAAAAUGACGCUUUGAGAUAUGGUGCUUUCGCUGUUCAAAUCGUUGGUUUCUACUCUAUUGGUGAAGUUAUUGGUAGAAGACACCUUGUCGGUUACAAGAACUACCAGCCUAGCCACCAUUAG